AUGACUUUGCCAGUCAUCAAAACAAUUGAGGAUUGCUCGAAUAUCACAAAGACAGUCCUGCCAUAUCUACCACAAUUGGAGGUCCUUCGUAAUAACAUACCCCCACCACUCUUCUUCGUCUUCAAUGUCACCUUCAUAUCACUUGCGCAAAGCAUUCUGCUCUUUCUAGUCGCAACCCCAUCAUAUGUUAUGCUCUUAGCUGCACGACACGGAGCGCAAUGGACGACGGCAGAUUUGAUAUUUUCUAGAGGUCUUGUGACUCUUGUGGUGCUUGAGUAUUUUGCGGAUGGGCAACAAUGGAACUAUCAAACCGCCAAGCAGCAAUACUUGAAGACCGCUAAAGUACAAGGAGGAUUUGACCAGGAAUCUCUCGACCGUGGUUUCGUUACCUCUGGUCUCUGGUCCCUGAGCAGGCAUCCAAACUUCGCCGCCGAACAAACUAUAUGGGUUGUUCUAUACAUGUGGGGCUGUUGGACCAGCGAAGUAGUGUUCAACUGGACAUUUGUCGGUGCUAUGUCGUACUUAGUUCUCUUCCAGGGCUCAACUUGGUUCACUGAGCUCAUAACCGCCAAGAAAUACCCAGAUUAUCAGCAAUACCAGGCCCGAGUUGGCAAGUUCUUACCUAAUAUCUUCUCUACUGGGCCUGUCUUCGCCAAAGCGGAGAAGAAAGUAGCCACUGCCGUUAAGGGCGAUAAAAGGAAGGUUUCAGCCAGCAAGUGA